AUGGAUGGUACCUUCGGAGCUCUUUUAAAAAAGUUCUGCUUAGAAGGAAGUGUUUUAGGACUUAAGUACUUUUAUUUGUAUCCAGAUCGGAUUUCGAGAUGCUUCUGGACGUUGACAAUGCUUUUGACUCUGUGCACUGCUUGCAUUCUAAGCUUACUGCUGUACUACCGCUUUGAUGAGAUGCCCACUCGAAUCACCAUUGAAAAUCAAUACAAGUCACUCCACAACUUGCCUUACCCCGCCAUUACCAUAUGCUCGCCCAACCAGGCCACAAUUAGCGCAAUGGAUCAUUUCAACAAAACUCUUGUAGACGGGAAUCUAACAUUAGACUUAAAAAAAGUAGUUUCACAGCUUCUGCGCUUUAAUUUUGGUACUUCACUGUUGGAAAAAAUAAACACUAAUGAGCUAAAGUAUUUACAAGAUCUUAUAGAAGCUAAUCGCUACAGUGCACUCGACGUCAUGAGUUUGUUGCCACAACGCUGUGAUCGUUUCCUGAAGCGGUGCAUUUUUCAACGAAAAAUAUACCCCUGCAACGUUCUUUUUGAUUCUAUACUAACUCAAUAUGGCAUGUGCUGUAUUUUCAAUAGCAUCUACUAUUUCAAACAAAAGAAUAGAAAUGAAAGAAAAGCUAAUUUCGUAAAGUUCAAAGCCACGAAGACGGGUUUCGAGAACUCACUGACUGUAGUAACAGAUUACGAUCCCGAAGAUGCUCUGGAAGGCACUGUACUCCUCGCCGGAUCCUCAGGAGUGAUGUUCACGGACUGGACGGAGUUCCCAGCGGACUAUGAAGCGAGCUUCGUACAUCCGAAUACAGAAUCUUUUCACCACCUAUACGGUAUCUAUACCUACUGUUCUGAAGACGUACUGCGACUUCCUGUCUCAAGCCGAAAAUGUUACUUCACCAAGGAAGUUACUCUGCCAUAUUUUAGAGAGUACCAUAACUCGGACUGCAACCUUGCGUGCUUCGUAAUGGAAGUGGAGGAUCAAUGCCACUGUACCAUGUUAUACGUGCCUCGAGUGAAUGCCCACCGCGCCUGCAAUAUCACCAGCCUAGUCUGCAUUGCGAAUGUUAAAACGCAAAUAAGCAAGUGGUACCAGAGAUGCAAAUUGUGCCUCAGAGACUGUGUGUCGAGGCGUUACAGAGCCGAUUUGAUUUUGGGAAAUCUUGAUGCAAUGGAACAUUUGCAUUUUAAUCCAUAUACUGGGAUCGUGUUCAACAGGAGCACGAGCAUCAUGCACUUCUUCUUUCCCAGAUCUGUUUACGUAACGCAGAAGCAAGAAACUGUGAUAUCCCUGAUCAGCUUAACGUCCAAUUUAGGCGGUGUGUUCGGACUCUGUCUGGGUUGCAGUUUCAUCAGCUUGAUCGAGAUGUGGUUUUACAUUUACAUGGCUAUAAAAGGUUUCAUACGGAAGCAACUCAAUAUCAGACAUGACCGUCAGCGAGUGGGUUACUUCAACUGA